GCAGGGAAAACCCUCGUUCGCCCAUUCCGCUCCUCUCGCCCCCACCCGCCGUCUUCCCAUGGCCUCCGCCUCCGCCGCCGCCGCCGCCACCCGGGCGAACAGCCUCUCCCGCAUCUUCUCCUCCUCCUCGCCAACCGUCAAACUACCCAAGCGCAAUCCCAAGACCAAGCGCGCGCCGGCGCCGCCGCCGAAACCGUCCGCCGCCGAUGCUGACUCCAUCGCGGGACAGAAGCUCCCGGAGCCCCUCGGCGUACAUCCCGCCGCCAAAGCUGAGUCCGAUGCGGACCACAAGCUCCCGAAGCCCCUUGACGAUAUCCUCAUUGCCCUCAUCCGGCAGCGCAACCCUGAUAAGCUGGUCUCCGAGUUCGUCCAAGCGUCAACCGUGUCGUCGCGCUUCCGCGAGCGGCACCGCGUGUACGAGGUAGCGGUGAGCCGCCUCACUUCCUUCGGCCGCCAAGACGGCAUCGAGGCCAUCAUCGAAGCGCAGAAGCCCUUCCUCGAGACCUCAGACGAGGGAUUCGCCGCGCGCCUCAUCCGCCUCUACGGCCGUGCCUCCAUGCCAUCCCACGCUACCGCAACCUUCCAUGAACUUCCCGCGCAGCAUAAAUCCACCAUGACAUUCAACGCCCUUCUUGCAGCGUACGCCGAAGCCGGGGAUUUCGAUGGGCUCACUGCUGCAUUCCAGGAGAUCCCAGCCACCCACCCCUCGGUUGUUCCCAGCGUAUACUCUUACAACAUACUCAUCCGCUCAUUGUGCCAGAAGCCUGACCUCUCAGCUGCUCUUGAUGUUGUUCUUCUCAUGGAGAAGCACGGUGUUUCAGCUGACAUUAUUACUUUCAACACUCUGUUGAAUGGGUUUUGUAACAAUGGCCCCACGGAUGAAGCAGAGACAGUAUGGGAGAUGAUGAAGGAGAGGAAUUUGGAGCCAGAUGCAAAGUGCUACAAUGCCAAGCUGCGGGGUUUGGUUGCAGAAGGGAGGAUUGAUGAUGCAGCUGCUGUGCUUGAGGGAUUGGAGAAGGACGGGCCAAAACCCGAUACGGUGUCCUACAAUGAGUUGAUUCGAGGAUAUUGCAAAGCGGGGAGGUUACAGGAGGCCAAGAAGCUGUAUGAUGAUUUGGCAAAAAAUCACUGUGCCGCAAAUAAGGGAACAUAUGAGACUCUCGUGCCACACCUUCUGCAGGCUGGAGACCUGGAUUGUGCACUGAGGUACUGCUAUGAAAUGUUUAGUGGUAAAAGGAGCGGUAGAGUGGAGUGUGGUGUGCUGCAGGAUGUAGUGAAUGCAUUGGUAGAUGCAUCGAGGGUGGAGGAGGCUGGCAAGCUUGUUGAUAUCGGGCGGAAGAAACACGAAAGGGUUUGAGGAUGCGAGGUAGUGCAAAAGGCAGUGAAUUAAGAGCUGAAACUGAUGAGUAAGAAGCAAUAUCAGAAGAAAAGGAGUGUGAUGUGGAACACAAGACUGAAAAGUAAAAUUCAUUGGUCAGGCUUUGACUGAUGCAUGCCAAAUUUCACCAUGACUUGUUUUACUCAGUUUCUCUGUUUGCAUGAUAGAACAAGAAGUGCAAGUUAAAGUAGUGGUUUAACUAGUUUAAUAAGGUAUUGGUUUAGCUUGCCCUGUGAUUUAAUACUUAUUGAAAAUCUUUUUUUCCAUUUUAGAAGAGAUCCACAGGAAGUCUUUAUUCUUACCUGCAAUGUCUUGCUUGUGCUGAUUUUUCUUCUUGCAUAAGUGCAAGUUAAAGCAGUGGUUUAACUAGUUUAAUAAGGUAUUGGUUUAGCUUGCCCUGUGAUGUAAUACUUAUUGAAAAUCUUUUUUUCCAUUUUAGAAGAGAUCCACAGGAAGUCUUUAUUCUUACCUGCAAUGUCUUGCUUGUGCUGAUUUUUCUUCUUGCAUCAAAUUCCUUUUAUGAAUGUAAUAUUUGUGUUUGGAAACAUCCUCCAAGAGUUGUGUACUUUAUGGAUACUUCUAUUUUCUAGACAUUGAUGAUUCAACUGUUAGCUCUGUGAUGAAGAUAAACACACAUACCUCCCACUUUGUUGAUUCUUAUUUUUUUAUUAUAGUAUUUCUCUUCGAAGCAUGGACAAUGCAAAUGUUAUGACAUACAUGAAGUUAAAAGGCCUUUGAUCAAUGAUUAGCUUCGAUAGUAGUUUCUCAGGUUACUAGUUUGCCAAACUAGGGGUCAAUAGUUGUACUAUUUUCAUUUGCUGUAGUGAGCUUUGUUUUUCACCUUUUUUGAACUGAUCUUCAUAUCUGAUCAUAUAGUGAGCUAGUAGAGUUGUAAACCAAACAAGGAAGAACUGUAUGAAUUAGGAUAGUAGGUGAACUACUGAUUUCUCACAAUUCGGAUUCUUGCUUCCUAAGAAGAUGGUAGGAGCCGACCUCCUUUAAUUACGAGAAUAUACACAGAAUGCUAUUUAGCAUUUACCAUAUUUACUCAUUUGAAUAAAGGCUGUGUUUUUGUGAUGAAUUUGACUUCAGUAUGAAACUGCUAGGCUUUGAGACUAUCCUCAAAAUUCUUCCGAGAGUUCAAACUAUGCAAAAAUUAAGCAUGUAAUCAAAUAAACAAUUGUUUUGUGGUUUUAUUAAAAUACCGAUAGUGUUGUCAAAUGUCAGGACUAGAAUCCUGUAUGAAGUAUUACCUGUACGACUCCAGCAAUGUUACUCUUUGUGCAUUUCUUUUAAUUAGAGGUAGUGAGCCACCCCAGGUUCGAGCCUUGGUGGGUUGACAGGUUGAUGCUGCACCUUAUCGACCGACCAGUGCUCAGUGCUGUGCUUUCCAUUUGUUCAUGUCAAAUUUACCAUAUCUGGCAGCAGAUUAUUACUUUCUGUGCACUGUUCAGGUGGAUUGAUCAUCGUUUAUUAGACAACUAUUUUGCAGUGACACUUCUCUUUCUAUACGAGCAAUGGAAGAAUUUCCACGGAUCCUCUAAUCCCUAAUAAGGUAUGUAUUUGUCCCCUGAUACUCUGGACUACAGGCUAUUUCCCUUUUCCUUUUUGUCAUAUGGCUUUGUCAACCGUGGAAGAUCGUCGGGAACUAUGAGGACAUAUCAGCCACCUUGUUAUUCAGGCCUUCCGCAGGACAGUUUCCUGAUGUUGAUGUACAAAGCUUGCUUCUUGCUGAAGCUAUGAGAAAUACUUUGUCCUUAAGGCCAUUCAUAGAUUUCUGUCAUAUAUAAAUUGCACUAUAUUUUGGGAACUUGGCGCUCCCAAUUUCAUUGGUGAAACUGACCACACAUUGCUUUUGGAUCGUCCCUAUGGUUCAAAACAAUCAGGAAGGUACUGUAAGACCCCCAAAAUACUGAACAACGCCAGAACAUAACCUGUUACAAUCUCCAACUCACCAAGAGUCCAUUUUUCCUCUGUUGGUUGUGCGGUGAUGAUGUUCUGCUAUCUUUGCUAUAUCUGCCCGCAGGAACACUCGGGUCGUGUAUCCUUUUAGCUUACUGGCUAUUCGAUUUCGAUGUAGGGACCACAUGAAUGCAUGAGAAUAUGCUUCUUUUGCAUAUUAUUACUCCUAUGACAUUUUAAAUGUACACAGAUUUGGUCGCUUCUCUUGCUUACGGGGUACUUUUAUUCGCCGUAAAAAAAGAGUACUUAUGUUCAUUGGUUGUCAAUUGUAGCUACUGAUGUUAGGAAAGAAUAGCGUCUGGACUGAACAGCUCCACUGUUGUUCAGGCCUUGGCCGACCCCGCCGCCUCUUCCGCUGUAGCCGCCCACCCCAUCGCGGCCUUUGUUGGCGCGAUCAUCGUCACCAAUCCUGCCUCCGCCUCCAUGCCGCCGCCACGGUUUUGCCCCACCCUGGCUGGUCGUCGUCGCGGCCGCACCGCCGACAAAGAAGCAACGAGCCGCCAAUCCCUGCGGUGGAGGUGUGUAAGUGGCCGGCGGGACGCAACCCGGCAACGAACCCAUCCAUCUCUGGUGGCAAAAAAAAUGCCUGAGAAUUUAUGGUGUAGUAAACACUUUUUUUAUAAAAGGCCUAAAUAAUUUAAAAUGAUUUAAAAUAGAAAAAUAAAUAAAUAAAA